AUGCUGCUCCACAUGGACGCGGACUACCACCAUAUGGUCGACAACUGCGAGGAAACGUGGACCGCGUGGACGUGCUUGAAGGCGUUUUACAGUAGAUCGCAGAAGGCUGGUCACAUUUACCUGAAGCAACAGCUCUUCAGCAUGGAAAUGUCUGAAGGCGCGAAUGUGCUGCAUCACUGCAACGAGGCCCUCAACAUUAGCGCCAACCGGCACAGCAUCGGUGCAAAGAUGGAGGAUGAAGACGUGGCGAUCAGCUUGUUGCGUAGUCUUCCCAAAGUUACGAGAGCGUCGUUCGGAGGUGAGAAGACUCCGGCUGUGAAAACUGAAGACGCAGCGAAGGCGUUCAGUACCGAGAGAGAGAUUCUCUCCAGUGUACUUACGGCGGAAAUUGGGGCGCGCGAUGGAGGAGUGCUGAACCAAGCAGAAGGAGGAGAAUCAGGGAGCCCGAUGCGGCGGCAAUGGUCACUUCGGACUUUCGACGAGCAACGAUAUGUCCGGCAUGUGGACAGUCGACAGCGGUGCGGCGCACCACAUCUACAGCAACAAGGCCAAGUUCGACACAAGCGAGAUGCAGGCGAACUGAAGGUGGACGACGGCACUAAGGUCACCACCAAGGGUAUCGGUACCGUCCUUGAGCGAGUGGCUCUGCCCGACGGCGACGAGCGCGAGACCGAAAUCAACAACGCGCUUUACGUACCAAAUAUGAAGUAG